GACAUGGUUGUUGCCAAGCUCCCGGUGUCCCGUUCUCUAUGGACUUCUGCUAUUCAUCUCGCAGGACGGGCAUCGGGCAGAGUAUAUAAAAGAGAUCUAGUAAGGUCGAUCGGUCUCUGGCAAAAGAUGGAGCAUUGGGGCGGAGUCAAGUCAGACGGGGUUGUGUUUACCGUCCUCUUUGACGUUGCCAUCAAAGCCGGUCAAUUUACCGUUGCCGACCGGCUUGUGGAGGAAAUGGAAGAGCGAGGUCUCCAGUUUGGACGCACCGGCAAAGUGUCGAGAAUUUAUCGUCAUGGCCAACAGCAUGAUGCUAUCGGCGUCCGGCAAGCAUUCGAUGACUUCGCCUCGAGCGGCGAGCUCAUUGACACUGCCGUUAUGAACUGCCUGAUGGCCUCCUUCAUUUCUGCCGGAGAUGUGAAAGCAGCGGAAGCCAUUUAUGGACAAAUGAUGAUGAACCAGGCUGCGGGCUCCCGCACUCACGCCAUUCAUGGUAACUUGUCCACCGACAUGAAAACCUACCGAGCAAGAUCGAAAAGGCUCAAUCGCCUCCUAGAGAUCUCCGCCCGCCUCAAAGAUCACUUGCCAGAUCAUCAUCGCACGCUUCAAAGAGCGAUCGCCAUCACCCCCGACACUCGCACAUUCCGCAUCCUUCUGUCCUUAUACGCCCAAAAGACUGGCGACAUUGGAGCCCUGAUGUCUAUCAUCACUGACAUGGAGAAGGUUUUCGCUGUACCCCCGCGCGGGUUGAUAUACAUGUUCCUUUUCGAUGGGUUUGCCCAUCAUGGCCGGCGAAGAGAAGGGUGGACAGCGGAGAGACUGCGAGUGGCAUGGGAGACGUAUCUGCGAGCCCUUUAUGAAUCCAAGUCGCGGUUUGAACAAGAAUUCCAUCCCCGCCCUCGAAAAAAAAGUCCCACAUGGGAGAAUCCGUUGCUCGAGUCGUACAUCUCACUCGCACAACCCUCGAUCCCGCACGCGACAACCGGGCUGUACACCCAUUUACCACAGAAAGAGACUCCUGUCAAAGUGCAAGAGCCGGGCGUUGGGGAGGUCAUACCUGCGGAACCCGAUGCAGUUGUCGAGCCCGGUAAUGUCUCCAACGGGCCAGCACGCGACGACGAGGCACUUGGUUCCGAUGCGUCGGAGGAGGAACUGGAGCGUCAAAUCGAGAACGGGGUAUUUCUAGGUCGUCGCAUGAUUUUGACCAUCCUCCGCGCGUUUGGGCGUUGUUACGGACCCCAGGAAGUUAUGGAAGUAUGGCUCCAAAUGGAACGCCUCUGGCAACCCUGGAAGCGCAGGGCGCAGGACGUCAUGGCUGUAAAGGAGGAAUUGGAGAAGCAGAUGAAAAACGUCCGGUGGCGUUGAAGCGAUCUGUGAUUGUUGUUUUCUUUUCGUUGCCUUUUCGGUGGGCCUUUUCCAAGGUGCUUGUAUAUUAUUAUAUAGACCUGAUAGAUAGAUAUACCCUCAGGUAGAGAUUGGUUGCGAACACAGCGAUGGAUCCAACAUUGGCGUGUUCUUGUUCUGCACAGCGUUUUAUACGAGCUUGG